AUGGAGAUAGGCGAUCGAUCACUGGAAGGCACUUUCACAAUCAAAGCCGUAAAGAAUGUCCUUGGGACUCGUCAACAAAUUCAAGGUCUGCAGCCACCUCCGAAGACAAUAAUCGAAUUCAGUACCUACGUUGGUAGCUCCGCCAUCGCCUGGGGUGCGAUUCUACGCGAUUUCCACGGUAAAAAUGUGCACGAUUGCAACGUCUGUACUUUUGAGUUGAGCCCGCUAAGUGCUCAGGUAGCUCGAGACCUCAUUCGCCUGGCUGGGCUGGAAGACCUUGCUCGUGUCCUGGCCGUCUUCUCCCUCAUCAUCAUCAACAAAGCGGGCGGCUUGAUCUACCAGCGUGAAUUCCAGCCGGGACUGCGCAAACUCUCCACAAACGACUAUCUCGUCCUAGCAGGGACCUUUCAUGGCGUCCACGCUAUAACCCGCUCCAUCACCCCCAAAAUCCCCAUCUCCGCGCCCCUCCCAACAACGCCCGCUUCCUCCUCAAACGUCGCCCUAUCGUCUCCCUCGGGCACAUCCACCCCGACGCCGGCCGCGUCGGCAUACAGCUUCCCUAACCCCGGCGUACCAGUGACGGGCCUGGAAUCUCUCGAGACGGAUAAGUUCCGGUUAACGUGUUUCCAGACGUUGACGGGGACCAAGUUCCUUUUGUUCACCGAUCCGCUCAUGGCGAAUAUCGAUGCCGUGGUGAAGAAGAUCUACGAGUUAUAUUCGGACUAUGUGAUGAAGAAUCCUUUUUAUCAGCUGGAGAUGCCUGUCCGGUGUGAGGCGUUUGAUCGCCAUCUCGGCGGUUGGCUGAGAGGGAGGACAUGA